CUUGAUCUUCGGGGAUAUCAGUACCACCAUGGUGGUGGUGCUCACCAAAGGGAAAAUGCGACAGGACUGCAAGCGAAUUUUUUGCCGCAGACUAGGACCCCGCACUCUGCAGCGAAAAGCAGAGCUGUAAAAGUGGUUUCCCAGCAACAGCCAACCGCGCAACCAGUCGAUCGCAAACACAGGAAAUACCAACAUCUGAGUACUUUUUUUCCCGAGGAAUAUGACCCGGCGAGCCUUCUCCAAACUCCUCGACAUGGACAAGCUGCGACGCGCUCCGUUAUUUCGGCGGG